AUGUAUAGAACUGUCUCCUCGGACGGAUCAUUGACUUCUUCGACUGCGACAGCUCUUAAUCCCACGACUGCAGCUCGCUUACAGCGACUGCCUACGCCUCCUCGUAGCCCAGGCCUUGCUCCUUUGGGAAAACAGCUGACACUGAUUGAGCCACCUAUGACCAAGGGAAUUCGAUUUUUGAUCCUGGAUUGUCCCACGGACUCGACUCUGCCCUUUUAUCUUGCAGAAUUGAAGCGUAACAAUGUGACGGAUGUAGUCAGGUGCUGUGAGCCGACCUAUAGUACUGCCACACUUCAAGCAGAGAACAUUUCAGUGCACGACUGGCCAUUCCGAGAUGGAGCUGUGCCACCAACUCCCAUCAUUAAGAAUUGGCUUCAGCUAGUAGACAGCCGCAUUGUCAGACAAGAAGAGAUGACUCAGGUCCCUACAAUUGCUGUUCACUGUGUGGCUGGACUGGGCCGUGCACCCAUCUUGGUUGCUAUUGCCAUGAUUGAGCUCGGUAUGGCGAACUUGGACACCGUCGAGUUUAUUCGUCGCAGACGCCGUGGAUGUUUCAACAGCCUUCAGAUUCAGUACAUUGAUGGAUAUAAGCGGGGCAAGAUCUUGAAACAUGCACUAGGCAGUGGAUCUGGUCAAUUGUCAGGAUCGUCUCCUUUGGCACACGGGGCAAGCGGAUCAGGAUCAUCAGGCGGGGUUGGAGGUGUUGCAGGAAGCGUCAAGAAUGGAUUGAACAAGAUGUUCCGUCUCAAAGCAUGA